UAUUAGUUUAAUGCUUGAUAUGUUAACAUAAUAUACAAGUUUUUUUUUUAUAAUGAUAAAAAAUUAGAUAUAACAUAAGUGUAUCUCUAAAGCGAAUCUUUAAAGAUAAUAAUUUAACUUUUAAAUAGACUAAUUAAAAUAACUAUUUUUUAUUAUAUAAAUUAUAAAUAAAUUUCUAAUAAAUAUGAUUGUAGUUUUAUAUGUUGCUCUGUUAACGAGUUACGUUACAUUAACAUCAUGUGAAAUAUUUACAACGAUAGGAGUAAUAGGUAUUACCACUACCAUAGGAUCUUAUUACUAUAAGCAAAUUCAUUGCAGCAUUACUGAAUGCUGUUCAGAUGAAUAUGUCAAACUUGAUGUGGCAAGGCUUGACAAACUUAUGCAAAAUAAGCUGUACGGUCAGCACAUUGCUUAUAAAACAAUAUUAAAUGCAUUAUAUGGUUAUUCAAAUAAUAAAGAACAAGGAAAAGCAUUAACAUUAAGUUUUCAUGGUCCUCCAGGAACUGGUAAGAAUUAUGUAGCCAAGUUUAUCGCAGAAUCCUUAUUCAAAAAAGGGAUUGAAAGUAAAUUCUUUCAUUUUUUUAAUGGUAGAACUGAUUUUCCAUUAAAAGAUGAAAUUGAAUUUUAUAAGGUAGUACUGCAGAAUAAAAUCAAAGCUGCGUUAACAGCUUGUCCAAGAUCAUUAUUUGUUUUUGAUGAAGUAGAUAAAAUGCCAGAAGGAAUACUAAAUAUUCUUGUACCUUUCUUGGAUUAUAAUUCAUGGCCAACAGAAAAUCUAGAAAAUAAAGCAAUUUUUAUAUUUUUAUCAAACACUGGUAGUAGACAAAUUGUACAAAGGUUAUUAAAUCUUUGGGAAAGUGGUGUAAAGAGGAAUGAUACUAGGCUUCAAGAUUUUGAAAAUUUAAUAUCCAUCGGAGCGUUCAAUGAAAAAGGAGGAUUUCAUCUUAGCGAUACUAUAGAAACUAGUGUUAUUGAUCAUUAUAUUCCUUUUCUUCCAUUGGAACAAGAAGACGUUAAAAAGUGUGUAAUAAUGGCAUUUAAGAAAAGAGGAGUUAAAGCAACUACAGAAAUGAUAGAGGAAGCUUUAUCGCAUUUGACAUUUGAUCCACCGCCUCAUAAUUUAUAUUCCAAAUCUGGUUGUAAAAGAAUAGAACAAAAAGUAACUAUUUUACUGUACUCUUAUGUAAAAUAAUCGUUUUUUAUUAUAUUUAUCUUAAAAAGUAUUAAGAAAAUCUUUAGAAUUUAAUACAUUCUGUGCUACAUGUAGCAUAUAUAGUAUACAAUGGCAUAUUUAUUUAUACCCAUUAUUAUGAACGUGGUCUAAGUCAUAUAUCUCUUGUUUCGAGAUAUUUAAAGGAUUAUAUUUGAACACUAAAUAAAAACUAUAUAAUGUAAUGAAGACUCUAUAGCUAAACGAAAUUUAAAUGCAGUAUCGCAUUUGAAAUGUCCCAGAGAAGAAAAGUCAAAUACAAGUAAUAAAUAAACUCAUAAUAUUCA